AUGAGUCCCACCAAUCCUAAUCGCCCCCAUCCACUCUCACAACUCUCCGAGGCUGAAUUCCAAUGUGCUCGUGACAUCAUCGUGGGCAUUCAUGGGCCAGACACGUCUCUGUUCUUUCGGUCUAUCUUUGCGAAAGAACCAGACAAGGCCAGCUUGGUUCCCUUCCUUGAGGCUGAACACACCGCUACCCUGACCAAGGACACUGAGCGUCCCCCGAGGCUUGCUCAGGUCGAGUACGACAUCAUCAGAUCAACCGAGCAUGAGCAUAUUCGCUCCGUUGUUAACCUCGAGACGGAACAACUUGUCUCUUCCGACUCGGCUGGAAAAUUGUUUAAGCCGUCAUUUACCCAACCCGAGUUUAUGCUCUUCCAGGAUGUCUGCGUCCACUCAGAUAUGUUCAAGGAGGCCAUGGCCGAGUUCACUCUUCCAGAGGGGUUUACCAUUACCAUCGAUCCUUGGCCAUACGGAGGUCCAGACGAGUCAGACAGCCCAAGAUAUAUGCAGGGCCUUGUCUUUGCCAGGGAUUCCUCGCAUAAUAACCCGGACGCCAACCACUACGCAUAUCCAAUCCCCAUCAUUCCCGUGUUAGAUUGGGUCACAAAGAAGCUGGUUAGAGUAGACCGCCUAGCCACUGGCGGAGCCGAGGACGGCCUCGAGCCACACCCUCGGUCGGAAGCACCCAGAAUGCUGCUUGAGAGGAACAGGUCGGCCGACUACGUGCCAGAACUCCUUGAUCGCCCACUGCGCCAGAACCUGAAGCCCAUCCACAUUUCUCAACCCGAAGGCGCCUCCUUCUCAGUGCACCCUGACGGUCUCGUGGAGUGGCAGAAGUGGCGAUUCCGACUCAGUUUCACCCCCCGUGAGGGCGCCGUCCUGCACGACGUCUGCUAUGACAACCGUCCCAUACUUUACCGUCUGAGUUACAGCGAGCUCACCGUCCCGUAUGGCGACCCCCGGCCUCCGUACCAUCGCAAGCAAGCAUUUGAUUUUGGCGACGGCGGUGCAGGACGAGCCGCGAACAUUCUUGAGCUGGGGUGCGAUUGUCUAGGCGCAAUUCACUAUCUUGACUCUUUCCUCGCAGCAGCGGAUGGGUCGCCGACGCCCGCCAAGUCCGUUGUCUGUCUCCAUGAGCAGGAUAAUGGCAUCCUCUGGAAGCACACCAACUACAGGACGAACCGGGCCGUGGUUGCCCGGCUGCGUGAGCUCGUUGUGCAGUUCGUUGUCACCCUGGCCAACUACGAGUACAUAUUUGCCUUUAAGCUUGACCUCGCAGGUGGCAUCACCAUUGAGACGAGGGCCACCGGCAUCAUGAGCGUGGUCCCCAUCGACGAGGGUAAAUCGAGCAAGUACGGCAACGUCGUCGCGUCCGGCAUCCUGGCGCAGAACCACCAGCACAUCUUCGCCGUGCGGAUUGACCCGGCGGUGGAUUCGUAUCGGGCCGGGGAUACCCAAGUCGUCGUUGAAGAGACCCAUGGGCGCAAGAUGGAACCCCGGACGAACCCGCAUGGGAACUACUACGAGGUGCAGCGGCGAGUGGUGGAGAGGGCGCAGUGGAUUGACUCGGAGCCGCGACUAAACAGGAUAGUGAAGUUAGAGAAUAGUACGAAGAAGAAUGUGCUUUCCGGGAGGAAUGUGGGCUAUAAAGUCGUUUCGCCAGCUACACAGCUGAUGCUCGCGGACGAGGAGAGCAUCUUGGCAAAGAGGGCACCCUUUGCCAAGCACGAUUUCUGGGUGACGGGAUAUAGAGAUGGCGAAUUUUGGGCUGCCGGCGAGUUCACUAACCAGAGCAGGGAGGAGAAAGGUGGUGUUGGAGACAUGGUGGCGCGAGGAGACUGGGUCACGAGCCUUGAGCCUGAUGAUGAAGAGGCCCAAGGAGAAGCGGCUCAGAAGGCCGGCCCGGUUGUAUGGAGCGUGUUCGGAUUUACGCACAACCCUCGUGUUGAAGACUGGCCUGUCAUGCCUGUUGAAAUCCACCAAAUGCAUCUUCGACCGGCAGAUUUCUUUUCUUCCAACCCAGCACUUGACGUUCCUUCUGUGAGGAACAAUAUGAGUGUUCUAGUUCCAUGCUGCGAUAAUGGAACUGCUAAACAGGAGCCGAAAAUCGGGGCUGUUCAAAGAGAUCCUCUUAGCCACUUGCAGGGUACCGGGCCAGAUUUCAAUCCCCAGGAGGCUGGCGCCAGUGUGAAGUAA